CUCAGAGAAACACACACACAAGGCACACAGGAUUGAGGGAGAAGAAGAUAAGGAGAGAGAGAGAGAGAGGGGGAGGGAGGGAGGGGUAGCAAAGCAACUUAGCUAGCUUUGCCAGCCAUGGCGAGGAGCUCUCCUUGCCUUGCCGUCGCUGUGCUCCUCCUUGGAGUGGUGGUGGCGGCGAUUGGAGCCUUUGCUGAUGAAGGGGCGGCGAGCGGUUGGGGACUAGGGCAUGGCGCCCGUUUCCUCAGCAGGCGAGGCCGUGCUGCGUAUGAGAAGUCGUCGGAGCCAGAGGCAAAGCCUGCGUCGCAGCAGGAGCCGAAGUCGGAUUCUUACUCGCAGGCAAAGCCUGGGCCAAAAGAUGAGCCCAAGCCGGAGCCAGAGGCAAUGUCUGCGUCGCAGCCGGAGUCGAAGCCGGCAACUUACUCGGAGUCUAAGCCCGAAUCAAAGGCAGAGCCUGAAUCAAAACCAGAGCCAAAGGCAGAGUCCACGCCACAACCAGAAGCAAAGUCAGAGCCUAAGUCUGAGCCAAAGCCAAAGUCCGAGCUAUACGCAGAACCAAAAUCAGAGCCCAAGUCUGAGCCACAGUCAGAACCAAAUCCCGAGACUAAGGCGGAGCCAAAGUCUGAACCCAAGUCUGAACCUAAAUCGGAGCCUACCCCACAGACUGAACCAAAGGCAGAAUCGCAACCAGAACCAAAGACAGAGCCAAAGUCUGAGUCGAAGGCUGAACCGAAGCCAGAGCGAAAGUCAUACUCAAAGUCAAAACCAGAACCAGAAUCCAAGCCAGAAGCAAAAACAGAACCACAGCCAGAGUCUAAGCCCGAGCCAAAACCCGAGUCAGCCCCAAAGAAGGAAACGCCUUCGUCGGCCUACCCAUGAUGGAGAUCCAUGGAGAUCGAGGGCAUCUUGCUUGCUGCACGAUUUAGCUACUGAUGAGAUUAUUUUGCUGAGGGUCGGAGCACUAGGAAAUGGCCAUUGGCCAUUUCUGGAAUAAAUAAGUGACGACCUAGCUUUAUUCUUUGCUUUAUUUCCCUCAUUCUUUCAUGUUUUUUUCCGGAUGUGCCACUGCGCCAGCUGGUGUAAUUCACUUAUUUCUUAUGUAUCUAUAUCUAUGCCAUUUUUUUUCUAAUAAUACAUACAUAUAUAUAUAUAUAUAUAUAUGUGCAUUUUUUUCUGCCCA